AUGAGCGAGAUUAUUUUUGUGGAGCCCUGCGUGCUCUGCACUCCGCGAGCUGUCGUUGAGACCCACGUGGAGGGCCCAUGUGCGGCGGAGGGCGGUUUUAUUGCUUCAUCACCCGCGUCGCACUACACCCAUGUGGCUCUAUAUGAAUGGAUCCAAAAGUUCGCGGAGAGAGACUUGGAAAAGCGCCUCAACGCGAACAGCAGGUUGCAAGAUCUAGAGGAAAUAGAAGCUGCUCUCCGUGAGAUGAUUGCACUUGAUGAGAGUCAAAUUCACACGAAUCACAUUGUCAGGUGCCAUCUGGCGUUUCUGCAGCGUCAGCAACAGCGACGAGAGCGUGAGCUCACAAUGCGAGAGACACUAUUGAAAUACCAGCUGCAUCGGCUACUUCACUUGGAGCGGUGCUUCAACGCCGCGAGAGGAGACAAGUCCCUAGACGCAAUGGGUACUCUGCAGCAUGCGGAGAAACUUUUGAAGGAGGAGAUGCAGAAGUUCCUUGUGGAGAUGUAUACACCAGAGCUGUCACGCGCCCAGGAGGCGCAGAGGUUUGCGGAGGACCGACUACAAGCGUCAGUGCGCGUGGUGGAGCACCAGACAGCACGACUAGAGUCGAUAAAGAGGGAGCUAAAUGAGGUUUGCUUGUUUUUGAACGACUUGGCAGCAUGCGCCAAAGUAGCGGCACGCUGCGACGACAGCCGAGGAAGAAGUGCGUAUGCCGCGUUUCGUAGAGAAGAGAACGCGUUUUGCACCCCACAAAAAGUUAUACUUGCCGUGCAGGAGCGAAUCAGAGAACUGGAACUGCGGCAAGCGAGCAUGGUCCAAGACGUGAACCCAGCAGGGACCUCGAAUGACACGUUUGACGCUUUAACACUGGCAGUUUGCCGAUUGGAAGAGACACGGGCGGAAUUUUAUGCUUUCAACCGCCAGGCCCCUUCAUGUGACCUGCAAAUCGCUAAUGAUACUGUUAAUCGCAGCAGCAGCAGCAGCAGCAGUAAUUGCGUGAAACCACCACUACCACCGCCGUCAGCAUCGUCGUUCCCCCCCCCAAUGUCUUCAAACGCUGGCCCCAAGGAGUCCUUUAUGGAAUCUCGUACCAGUGAAAUCCACCACGCUGUUUUACACGAGCAGCGGAGGCUAAUUAUGAUGUUGAACUGCACAUGUGGUGUGCGUCCAGUUCUUCUUCGUCUUUCCACCGAGAGCGAGGCAGAACGAUACGCGCGGCGGCCUUUGAGUCUCUUUGCGGGACAUAGUCUCUCGCUGCAUCAGUGGACGCAUACGGACGGGACACGAACAGUGAAACGGGCGGCUGUUUUCUAUCCGACAUCACCUAAACGUGAUGGUGAGGUUCCAAAGGAAAAUCUAGAAUCUCUACUCUUUGCGAAGGCAAAAGAAAAGGGUGAUUUAUUUGAAAUCAUUGAUCUGCGUGCUGAGGUCAAAGAUGCUGACGUAUAUUUUAUGGGCGAUGCCGUUGCGUUCUCGGCAGAUGGCAACUUUAUGUAUCUCUGUUGCGGUGCUGCCGACACCUUUAGCGAUGCUCGACGUACGGCAACAGUCCACGUUGCGGAAUUGCUGCGUCGCCGACUCGGUGUACCAUCUGCCAACUGUUUUUGUUACUACUCCUCUUUUUCUUCCGUCGUGAGUCUUGGAUGGGCCGGUGCAGGCGUUUGCGCAUGGGCACUGGAUGAGAUGUGUUUUCCAUCCCGUGAGGAGAAGGAGUCGUUUGAUUUGCACCUGCGCGAGACGUACUGCACCGUUAUUCACCUCACGCGCGCAGAAGUGGAGAAUUUUGCUAAUGAGUGCGUGGAGAUCGUUUCGCAUAUGCCCCGCGAUGAAUCACCGAAGCGGCGACUUGUCAUCUCUUCUCACGCCCUCCGCUCCCUUUCGGAGCGUCACCGCGCCACAUUGACGGCGUGGUACGGUGACGGUGGGUGCAUCGUGCCGGAUUUGCCAACAAUUGAGCGCAUGCGUGGCCAUUCGGUGAGGUCGAUGAUGCUAACAGUUGUGACACACGGCUCACAUCUUCCACCGCCAAGUUUGCGUGGAUUUUUCUCGUUUCUCGGCAUCAGGGCGAAUGAGAGAGCGAGAGAGAGUGAACGAGUGAGUGAAUGA